AUGUUGUUGAUGGUGUCUACGGAAGAUGAAAGCUCGGAGGGUUUCAAGCAUGUUUUGUUGUUGAUUGUUGUUGCCGUACUUAGUUGUCGAAGUAACCGGUCGGUGGAAUUGCAGAGGGCACUAUCUCUAACCAAUCCUUCGUUGUCGCCAGAAUUUUCAUCGUCAUCCUUUGUGGCCCGCCGGUUUGCUGCAGCUGCUGAGGGUGGUCGUCGCAAACGCUGCUCCGCAUGUCGUCAGUUGAGAAAAGCCUGUGAGCCUAAGUGUGUAUUUGCUCCAUUUGAUGCAAACUUUGAAAACAUCCAUAAACUCUAUGGGAGUCAGAAUGUACGAAAUUUACUCAUUGGUAUAGCUGAUGAGGCAGACAAGGUGACCUUCAUAAAUUCACUAAUCUGGGAAGCACUUCAUCGCAAGAAUCAUCCGAUUCAAGGCAGUAAGGGUGUGCAUGAUGAUCUUGUAUCGAGAAUCCACACACUUGAAGCUGAGGUGAUGGGUCUACGCCAACUGCAGCAGCAAGAUGCAUACCACCCCCAGCCUCAGAUGACUGACCCUGGCACAAGUAGACAACACGACAUUCUCAAUUUUGGGACUGGACAACAGUCAAAUCUAAUUUCCAGCUCAAGCCCAUAUUAUGGCAGAAGUGAACCAGAGUCUAUUCCAGAACAUGGCCAAAGGAUAGGCCACUCGAAUCUAAUUGGCUCAAGCUCGGAUUUGGACUUCUUGCCAUCAGAUACAUGGGAUGAGAAUGGGGCUCUACAAGAGCCGACAGAUUUUGUGAUGCCUCCAGAAUUCUACAGCCCAAGCCUACCAAGGACAUCUGAUGACACUGAGCCAGUGACUUUGCCAGCCUUUGAACAUGACACCAAUGCUGCAAACCCUGUCAUUUCAAAUUCAACCCCCUUGGGGCUACCUUUCCCAAGCUCACCAAGGACAUCUGAUGACAGCCAGUGA